UGGCAAAAUCUUAAGGAUCAAUGUGUGUGGGUUAGUAGUAGAUACUCUUACGACGUUCACCACCCAACACACCUUUGCGGCACUACUUCCACAGUACUCAAGAUACUAGAGAAUGAUUCCACACAGACAG